AUGGCUGAGGGUGAAAAAGAGGAAGCUACUAGUCUUCAACUAGAGUUUCAGUGGGUUCUUAACGAAGAAGUCCCGGCUGUAUUUUCUCAACUUCAAAGAAUUUUAAACGAAUGUGCAAAACAGUUUCCUGUUUUAUUAUCCAAUAGUGAAGGGCAAUUGAAACAAGAAAAGUACACCCUUACUUCUUUAACCGAUAGCAUUAAGAGUAAUAUUGUUUUAUGUGGUGAUACAAUUAUUUUCGGAGAGAUAAGUUUUAAAAUUCAAAGACACCAAUAUGUAACAUAUAAAACUGCUAUUACUCAUGAUAAUCCUUGGAAGCUGCAACAAAUUCAAGAUGCUGCAAAUCAUUUACAGCAAGCUUUAAGACUUGCUAAUAGUGUUGAAAAAGACUACAAUUUUAAUUCAAGUGAAGAAGUCCUCCAUGUUCUUGGUAAAGUUCUGAGUGCACUGCAAAGGGGAAGAACUAGUCUCAUAAUACCUCGUAAAAAAACCAUCGAUGAUCUUAUGAAAAGUAGAAAUAUGAAACUUUUGGCGCCUAAUCUUCCAGAAGACUUGGCUUUAAGUUUUUACAUUCAGAGUCAUAAAAUAGUUUUAGCAGUUUACCAAAUUCAGCCUAGUACCGAAAAUAAUACAAUGACUUUCAAUACACUACAGGCAGAAUGUUCAGUUUCAUGGACUAAUGAAGUUCUUGUAUUAUUUACUGUGGCCUUACAGCUUGCUCAACAGCUGAAAGAUAAAAUUAGUGUUUUUUCUCAGUAUAAAGAGUUUCAUAAUGAAAAUCCUGCAAAGUUGAAUUCUUCGGAUAAAGUAUAA